CCCCUCCCGGCCAAGAUGUCUGACAUGGAGGAUGAUUUCAUGUGCGAUGAUGAGGAGGACUACGACUUGGAAUACUCUGAAGAUAGUAACUCCGAACCAAAUGUGGAUUUGGAAAAUCAGUACUAUAAUUCCAAAGCGCUAAAAGAAGAUGACCCAAAAGCAGCAUUAAGCAGUUUUCAAAAGGUGUUGGAACUUGAAGGUGAAAAAGGAGAAUGGGGAUUUAAAGCACUGAAGCAAAUGAUUAAGAUUAACUUCAAGUUGACAAACUUUCCAGAAAUGAUGAAUAGAUAUAAGCAACUAUUGACCUAUAUUCGGAGUGCAGUCACGAGAAAUUAUUCUGAAAAAUCCAUUAAUUCUAUUCUUGAUUAUAUCUCCACUUCUAAACAGAUGGAUUUACUGCAGGAAUUCUAUGAAACAACACUGGAAGCUUUGAAAGAUGCUAAGAAUGAUAGACUGUGGUUUAAGACAAACACAAAGCUUGGGAAAUUAUAUUUAGAACGAGAAGAAUAUGGAAAGCUUCAAAAAAUUUUACGCCAGUUACAUCAGUCUUGCCAGACUGAUGAUGGAGAGGAUGACCUGAAAAAAGGUACACAGUUAUUAGAAAUAUAUGCUUUGGAAAUUCAAAUGUACACGGCACAGAAGAAUAACAAAAAACUUAAAGCUCUCUAUGAGCAGUCGCUUCACAUCAAGUCCGCCAUCCCUCAUCCACUGAUCAUGGGAGUCAUCAGAGAAUGUGGUGGUAAAAUGCACUUGAGAGAAGGUGAAUUUGAAAAGGCACACACUGAUUUUUUUGAAGCCUUCAAGAAUUAUGACGAAUCGGGAAGUCCAAGACGAACCACUUGCUUAAAAUAUUUGGUGUUAGCAAAUAUGCUAAUGAAAUCGGGAAUAAAUCCAUUUGACUCACAAGAGGCCAAACCAUACAAAAAUGACCCAGAAAUCCUAGCAAUGACGAAUUUAGUAAGUGCCUAUCAGAAUAAUGACAUCACUGAAUUUGAAAAGAUUCUGAAAACAAAUCACAGCAACAUCAUGGAUGAUCCUUUCAUUAGGGAACACAUUGAAGAGCUUUUGCGAAACAUCAGAACACAAGUGCUCAUAAAAUUAAUUAAGCCUUACACAAGAAUACAUAUUCCUUUUAUUUCUAAGGAGUUAAACAUAGAUGUAGCUGAUGUGGAGAGCUUGCUGGUGCAGUGCAUAUUGGAUAACACUAUUCAUGGCCGAAUUGAUCAAGUCAACCAACUCCUUGAAUUGGAUCAUCAGAAGAGGGGUGGUGCCCGAUAUACUGCAUUAGAUAAAUGGACCAACCAACUAAAUUCUCUCAACCAGGCUGUAGUCAGUAAACUGGCUUAACAGAGAACAAGCUUUCACAGACGUACUUAAUGCAACAGUGCAGAGAUGUAAUCCUUAAAAGAACUGGGAAUGGCAAAACUACUGUCGGUUGAUGUGUCCUGAAAAUUAUUGGAGUUAUGGCAGAAGUGCUUUUUUUGAUCAACUGGUUUGUGUUUUGCUGCUGCAUUUAUCCCAAGAAAAAACAGCUUUAAUCUCCAGAAGAAAACCAAAAUGCCAUGGGAUUUAUGCUGUAUUGACAUCUUGCCCUAAAUAUACAACAUCAUAGUAAUUUGUCAUGGGCAACAUGACCAGAGAGAAGAUUUUUGUCAUGAUUUUAAAUACACUGACAUGUUACUGUUGGUUAAAUUUAAACAUGUUUUACCUGCAGAAAUUCUCUCACAAAUAACCUGCAAUAACUUGAAAUGCAUACCCUUUUGAACACUUCCUUUUCUCAUGUAUAAAUUAAAAUGUUUGCUGCAUUUUGCAAAA